CACUUCGUUCCAGUUUUACAUAUAUAGGGCUGUGUAUCUUGCGCACAACCAGGCGAGGUUGGAUGGAAGAAACAGGCAGAGCAACAAGCCAGACUGUCACUUACUGAAGGACGUACUGUGCGCCUGACACCAUGGAGGAAAAUGAGCGUGGCUGCAAGACCUUUUCGUCCACGUCCGGUUUUCAGCACUUUAAUUCGACUGAACUACAUCAAAACCAAGACACCAUGGUGGCUGAAGGGGGAGAUAACUUUAUGUGAGAUUCAGUUGGCUCUGUUAUUUUGAAUGUGCAAGGAUCUUUCCCAGUCUGAGGUCAGAAACCUGAUGCUCAGUCCUGACCAGCCUGAGUCUGACCUGCCCUGGGGACAAGUUGACAGAGAGACCCUUCUGGAAACUUUCAAUGUGCAGUGUGGGUCAAUGCCAGCCAAACCUGAGGAUGGAGCGGGCAAGGCAUGCACCGUGCACGUGCCUGCCCUCAGCAGGGAGGAGAAGAGGCGGAAAAGGCGCGCGACAGCUAGAUAUCGAUCAGCGCAUGCCACCAGGGAACGUGUGCGUGUAGUCUCCUUCAACCUGGCAUUUGUGGAGCUUAGAAAACUGCUCCCAACACUCCCACCAGACAAGAAGUUGUCUAAGAUUGAGAUCCUGCGACUUGCGAUUUGUUACAUCUCCUACCUCAACCACGUGCUGGAUGUUUAGGCUGUGAUGACCAACAGGAGGAUGGACAGAGGCAGGAGGAUUGUUUGUACAGCAGCUGAAUGAUUUCUUGAUAUUGAUACCAGACUAUUUGAGGAAUGCCCUGCAUAUGGUUGGUUAUGCAACACACUGUAGAUUCCAGUGCAUCCUAGUUUGGGGAGUAUCACAAGGAUUGUUCAUCAUGGGAAACAGUUGCUUCAGGCUUAAUGUUAUUAAAAGGAUGAAAAGAAUGAAAUUAUUUUAAAAGCUGCUGUAUAUUAUAGUUGUUCAGCUAAACUACUAAAACAUUGCAAUGAUCACCUUACAUUUGCUGCCUUGUCUUUCAUUGGGACUUACUGUUUGCACCAAUUUGUAGAUAUAUUUAAUUCAAUUACACAAAAAAAUAGUCUACUGGGCAUUUGGUUGCUUUAAAUACAUUGUGACAGCUCAAAAAAUAAUCAAGAAACAUGCUUGAUGCUGUUUUUUUAUGCCAGUUAUGUUACGUAUUAGAUUUUAUCUUAGAAGGUGACUUCUGAAAGCUCUUUUUUAAUUUCAAUUAAAACCACACUACCAAACAAGCUGUUCCUCCACCACAUAGGUGAGGUCUUGGUGCCCCAUCUCCCUCUGGAUGGGGCAGGUGUUUCUCCAGAACCAAAACAACCAUAGUGUGGCCAUCUGUUUGCUUUCUCUCUGGGGACACACAAAUGUGUAUACAUGCAAAUGAGGCAGUAAUGUGAACAUAAACAAUAAACUCUAGUGCUCAUAUUAUGCUUUUUUGUGCACGUUAUAUUUUUACAAAUUGUAUAAUCCCAAAGUCCACCCCAAAGGAACUUUGCAUCUUCCAGAGAAAACACGGCUUCAAACAGCUCUAUUGUAGUCCAGCCUUUAGUUCCGUGACAAAUGUGCGUCACUUGGUAAUACAUAUAACGCUAUAUAUAACGUUAUAACGCUCGCCUAACUGCUAGCGUUGCACGCCCUCAUACUCUGUAACUGACUAGCUAGCAGAGCUAACAGAGAGCUCAACACACAGGGUGAAAAGAGGAGCUGCAGCAAUGUGCAGUACAACUAAAAUAUGGUAUUUUUUGAAAAUUCAACCAUAUAAACCUCUCAACCAUAAUAUGAGAAUUUUAAAAGACAAGAAAAAAACAAGUAGUACAUUUUGGCGUAAUGUUUUGGGAUUAAUGCCAACAUGAUUUGGUGACGAUGUGGGUAAAUACUUUCAGUCACUUCAGCCCAAAAUAUUUGAGCAAAACCACUCAACAUUUUGGAAUGGAACCUGCCAUUGUCUUUUCUGAUGCUUUUAAAGGUUUGUCAGUGGUCAGUAGUGUCUGUAAAGCAGCCCAGUUGGCCUUAUAUGUCAUUUCAAUUACUCAAGCAUACAUAAUGUAUGGUUACAUUGGACAUCUAUGGUCUUUUGUCAGUGUUUUGACUAUUACUACCCCAGCUUUGCACAUUACCAAAAUGUUUUUUUUUAAUUUUGUAUGAGAUUUUUGUACAAACUCCUGUGUGUCCCUUUGAUAUCCCUCUCCAUUUGUCAGACGCUGGCUGUGCUCCUUCUCUCAUCCCUUUAUGCGAGUCUCGGCGGUAUAAUGUGGCCCAAGGGGCUUGAGGUAUUGUUCAUGUCCACUCCAGCAGCACAAGUGACAGCCCUUUGUCCACACACUGCAUAUUACACACACUACACACUUGGUCUACACACUGGAUACAAUAGCUAUGUUAGGAGAGGAGAGGCCAAGACUAACAUCAGAUUUUAAGAUAAAUGGGGCAGGAAAAGUUGUAAAGGCCAUACAUAGAUGGUUAUUAAUAUUCAGUAUAGAUAUAGCCAAUGUGGGUCAAAUGAUAAAACCAGGCAAGAACUGUAGGCUAUUUAAGUCUGCAUAGAGCUCUGUCACACAGUACUGUGUUUGAAAGGAGCAACACUGCCCUCUGAUGGAGCUUCAUAGAAGGACAUUCAACUGUUUAAAGUUCACAUUCACUUUUUAUAUAUUUUAACCCUUGUAUGGUAUUUGGGUCAAAUUGACCUAUUUCAAGUUACAUUUUUUCUACCUGAAUCAACGGCCUUACCUUAUUUUCUGUGAUAAACAUGUAUUCCUGACUCAGUUCAGAAAAUUAUUCUGGAUGUUUUUCCAAGAUAAGAAUGAUCACAUAGUGGAUUUUAAACAUGAAUUAUAACCUUGUGACAAAAAACAAAUCACACUUCCAUUUUUAAUUGUGUUCUAGUAGAGACUGAUUGCAUUCCCUAAACGUAUACUGUAUGAUAUCUCAAUUGUUUGAAAGGCAAUAUUUGUUAUUAGAUUAUGAAGUGAAAUUUUAUUUCAGAAUUGUUUUUAAAACCCCAAAUAAGUCACGGGUCAGUUUGACUCGAGGGAUACGAGAGGGUCCCGAAAUUGAAGACAAUACAACGGUUAAAAGAAUCUUGCACUUUUUUAUUUAAAGAGCACUUUCCUACUAUGUAUUUAAAACAAUUGUAGGGGCAUAUUUGUAUGUACCACUAAUGCCUGCAUGUUCUACUGAGUUAAUGUUGGUCAUUACUUGAUUCUUACUUGAUGUAACAAUAUUUAUGCCAUCAUCACAUCAAUUAUAGUAGGAAACUUAAGUGUUUUUCUAUCACGAUGCAAGCCAAGUUAUAGCUAGAGGUAGUUAUUGCUGUUGAUAUGAUAUUCAAGGUUAUGGCUGCAUGUUUUGUUUGUGCCUUGGAAACUUGAGUUGCUGUUCUGGAGCGUUCGGUCAUUUUACAUGAGAUUCAUCAGCAGAAGGACUUUUCUCAGUUGUUCAAUUUCCAAAAUGAAAAUUGUAUCUGUUGAAAAAGCUCUAAAACAGCUACUGAAUGAACCUUGAUGUGAACUUGUCCUUGCCACCUCUGUUUUCAAGGUCAACAAUAAACUUUAAA